AUGAAGCUGCUUUCAAUCCUCUCGCUUUGCGCAGCUGCGGCAGCGUUACCUGCAACAAUUGAUCUAGCACCACGAGCCUCAAUCUCAAAAGCCGAUGGCCUCAAGUUCAACAUUGACGGUGUAACCAAAUACUAUGCUGGUACCAACUCUUACUGGAUCCCUUUCCUGACAAACGACAACGAUGUCGAUGUGAUCAUGGGUCAUCUCGCCACUUCAGGCCAAAAGAUUCUCAGAGUAUGGGGUUUCAACGACGUCAAGACUAUCCCUGGUUCCGGCACAGUCUACUUCCAGUCCUUCUCGGGGUCCUCUGCCACCAUCAACACGGGCGCAAAUGGCCUCCAGCGACUCGAUGCCGUAGUCAAAGCCGCAGAAAAACAUGGCAUCAAACUCAUCAUCAACUUCGUAAACAACUGGACAGACUAUGGAGGCAUGGCCGCCUACUUUUCCGCCUGCGGUGUGAGCAGCAAUGCACAAUGGUACACAGCAGCCAAAUGCCAAGGUAUGUACCAGAGCUACAUCAAAGCCGUCGUUGGCCGCUAUCGCAACUCCAACGCUGUGUUUGCAUGGGAACUUGCCAACGAGCCCCGCUGUAACGGCUGCCAAACGUCGGUAUUGACUGAAUGGAUCCGCAAAACGAGCGAUUAUAUCCGCUCUCUCGACUCAGACCACAUGAUCACCGUUGGCGAUGAAGGCUUUGGUCUCGCUGGCGAUGGUUCUUACCCCUACCAAUUUGGCGAGGGCAUCGACUGGGAGGCAAACUUGAAGGUGGGAAAUAUUAGUUUUGGUACCUUCCAUCUCUACCCUGACAGUUGGGGCGUGAGCAAUGCGUUUGGCGACGGCUGGAUCAAGGCGCAUGCGCAGAUUUGCAAGAAGCUCAACAAGCCGUGUCUGUUUGAAGAAUAUGGGGUGCCGAAGAAGGAAGACCAUUGUCCUGUGGAGGGUGGCUGGCAGAAGACAAGUUUGUCAUUGAAGGAUAGUGGCAUGGCGGCGGAUUUGUUUUGGCAGCUGGGUGACACGGUGAAGAGUACUGGGCAGCUGACGCAUGAUGAUGGGCACACCGUCUACUAUGGCAGUGCGGAUUGGAAGUGUUUAGUUGAUGAUCAUGUCAAGGCUAUUGGGUAG